CGAGGUCCUAAUCUGAGUUGUCUGUCUUCAAAACCUUAGGUUUUUGUUGGUUUUUUUGAACCCAAAAAGAAAAAAGUGGAGCUACUGCUUUUUUCUUUCUCCUAUUGUAUUGUUGUUGGCUUUUUUUUUGUCAUUUUGUAUUUGUCGCCCUUGCUUACAGAAAACGAUAUGAGCUGGAGAGGGGUCAAAAAAUCAAUAUCAAGACUUCCGCAUCAACUGAAAACCAGAAAUGGUGGUGAAGAUGUCACCAAAGAUUUGGAAUUUACUGAGCUGGAACAAUGCUACAAGAUACUCGUGAAGGCUGCAGAAGAGUUUCGUUUAGAAGUGAUAGCGUAUCGUGGCAGUUUGUCAAGUAUGCUCAGCUAUCAGAUGGAAUGCGCGACAGAUAUAGCCAAAGUAUGCGGAUUAAGUCCUACAAAUGAUGAAGGGCUAUCAGAGCAACCCUAUCAAGAGCACGAUGAUGCAAAAAUACCUUUCGAGACAAAACAAUGUUUGGAAGACUAUGCCACAGCUAUGGCGUACUGUAAACAAGAAGUGAUGGCUGUCCUUGAUGAUAUCGACGCGAAUGUCAUUGGACCGCUAGAUAACUUUCAUCAAAUUGCUAAAGUCAUUGACAAAACGAUUGUAAAGCGUGAGCACAAGUUAAUUGAUUACGAUCGCCACCGUCUGUCGUAUAUGAAAUAUGCUGAUAUUCAAUAUCCAACGCCCAGCGAGGAAAAAAAUUUGUUGAAAUUGCAGACGUUGUACGAUAAUGCAGCCUAUGAUUAUGACUAUUUCAAUACCAUGUUAAAGAAGGAGCUGGUUGUGUUUAUAGACUUGUUGAGAGCUGAUUUUAUGGGUCCUGUGAUGGAAAGAUUUUACAACGCGCAAUGUAGCGCAGCCGCGGGCAUCUAUGGUCGUCUCUCAGAGGUCAUCCAGCAAAAUGAAAUUGUUUUUAGCACUUUACACAUGCCAAUUGAGGAGGGGUAUAACCUAAGGUUAGCUGAGAAAAAUGCAAGAGAGGAAUUGGAUAAGCUCGACUUACUCAAAAAGGGUUUAAAACUCUGGCAACAGAAAGAUCCUAGUUUGUCAUCGCGGUACCGCAAGUCACCUUUUGAUUCACCAAGUCAAGAUGACCAGGAACCUGAUAGAGACGACCCUCAAAACAGCCGAUAUUCAUCCGUUGGCCGCCGUUACUCCUCCACCAUCACGUCAAAGUCGCAAAGGAACGAUGGACUCAGAGAAACAAUGCUAUCGGUGCCCGAUGGCAUUGGUAACAUGGAUCAAAAGAGCAGAAAAUCUCGGAGCAGCUCUGAAGAGGAGCCUCCAGCCUUGACACCGCGUCCUUCCAUAGCUGCUUUGAGGAAUAGACUAUUAUCCAAUUCUUCCGAGUCAUCGACGCCUUCUUACCAUGCCACAGCUUCUUUGCUACCUUCUUCGUAUACCAAACAACAAUCACAACAGCAAAAGUUAGAAAAACGAACGUUUGCCUCUAACGCAUCUUCGCACACCUCUCUUUCUGCUGGUAUAACAAGUAAUACUUCAUCUACACCUGCAACACCCUCCAGCACUCAGUUCACAGCGUGCUCGUCAUCACCAUUUGAUGACCAAAUUGAAGUGGUAGCGAAGAAAAAGCGUCCACCGCCACCACCACCACCUUCCAAAAAGCUCAACAAAGAAGAACAAAGCAGCAAAAAGGAAUUAGUAGAAGCACUCUACGAUUUAAAAGGACCCCAAGAGGGCGACCUAUCAUUUAAAGUAGGAGAUCUGAUUGAAGUAUUAGACAAGUCAGAAAAAGUGAAUGACUGGUGGAAAGGUAGACUAAAUGGUCAAGUUGGCAUGUUUCCUGCAAAUUAUGUCAGAUUGAUAUAAGCAACUCGGCUAUAAAUAUAAGAUCAACAAUGUGAACUGUAAGAUAAAGUUUCCUAGCAUAUAGUCUUUCAAUUGCUUACGGUUAAAAUUUCUAUUCUGCUGUACUAAUAUGAACAACUUUAAAUAAACAUCGCUGAAGUCAGUUUUGGGU